AGAGCGCCACUAGAACUCCCGCUCCUUCACCCGGUAUUUCUAUUGGCACGGGAGCUUGACGAGGCCUCACCCGGUGCCCAGCCUCCCAGCCUCUCGUUAAAGUCGCAGCAAACCAGAAACACGACCUGGUGGGGACCCAAUAUUGCCCUCGCAGCGGCCCUGCUCACUUUCACGCGCUUCUCCUGCAUGCGCUUGCACUACUCUGGAUAUGGUACAUUACAGCUCCUCUUUGCAGAUUCGACUUCGUACCUUGCACAGUACCAUCCCGUAAAAGAGAGAGAGAGAAAAAGGAAAACCGCAAAAGACGCAACCGCUGAACGACCCCACGACCUUCAUUGUGUCCACGGCAACCGUCAACGGUGCCCCUCCCCCUCUUCCUCUUCUCGGAAGCCCCCGGUCAUCUUCUUGCCGCCCGAUUUCCAUACAAAUCAUCCAAAGUCCAACGUUCGCCUCAUCUCACCAAGCCUACGUGCUCGCCAACCACCACCACCACCACCACCACCACCACCAACACUGCCGCCGCCCAGCAGCUCACGACGCACGUCCGGUCAACGCGAACCCAGCCAUACAUAUCCACACCCCGACUUCGACGGCAUACGUCCACCCAUCCAACACCCUCGUCAAUCAAUACAUAUUUCUCCCGUUCGCCUAUCUGUCCCUACGCCUACGUCGUCCUCCGUCAUCCUACCCUUUCUGACGCUACUUGCCUAUUUGUACAUCCUUUAUCAGCCCAGCCGCAGAGCGAUCAAACGCCGCUCUCCUCCCGCAGGCUACGCUGCCACCCCGCCUUGGCCUACACGAAUCACAUCGCUCGCCAAAGUCAUCACCUUCAUCGCUGAGGAAAUAAGACGAAGCAAAGCACAUGCAGACGUGCGGACGUGA